UCAUGUGACUUGUCCAAAAUGGCAGCCUCCAGACCUGGUAAUCUGGAGAGGGGCUGGAAUGAUCCCCCUAUGUUUUUCUACAAUGUGGAUUCUAAUGCCUCAAAUGCUACAAAGAAAGCAUCCCUAAAUAAAAGAGUUGCAUUUCCACAAGAUCCAACUACAAAUGUGGGUGCAAAUUCAUGUUUAAACCCAGGGAAUGGACCACCACCAGGCUCAGAAUUACUGUCAAAACCUGCAGGCAACAGCUCGCCACCAAAAACAGGAAAACCAGUUUUACUUCCUCCUUGUGAUGAGGGGGCAAAGCCACCACAAGCAUCACCCCUUCUUAGCUCUCCUGAAGGUGGCGCUGUUGUGUCAACCUCCCCACCAGUCACAUCAGAAAGCAAAGUCCUUGUGCCACCUAAAGUAUUGCCAGAUGAAAAGUCCUCAGAUUCUGACCAACUUGUAGAGAUUUUGUCUGCGGAAAUGGAGGCUGUAGAAAUCUUGGAAGAGAGUGAACUUUUUGCACUAUGUAAAACGAAGCUCCAGAAAGUGUUUGAGAACUGCAAGAGUUGUUUACAGGCCAGAGCAGUAAGUGACAUACAGAAGAGACUCGCCAUGUUUGAAGACUGGUGGCAGAAGGGCAAACUGUCACAACCGGUGAAGACACGAAUGGCACAGCUAUCGCAAUGUCUAGAGAGAGGUAACUGUGAUAUGGCUCAUGAGUUGCAUCUAGCAUUGAUGAUAGACUAUGCAGGAGAGGUUGGACAGUGGAUGGUGGGGAUAAAAAAACUUAUCCAAGAAACCAGAAAUUUAAAAACAACAGAAGAGAAAGAUGAAUCUGAGGUACAAUCAGCUGCAGUAGUGAGCAAUCCUGCAGUGCCAGUUUUCUCACCAGAGGGCAAUCCUGUGGUUCCUUUCAGUCCACCAGAGGGCAGUGUUGCAUUAAGCGAUGACCAAUCACAAACUCCACUUGACAGCAGUGCUCCUCAAACUGACUCCCAAGAAAAUUCAGAUCAACAGUCUGCUGAUAGUUCUAGCAACACACAAACUUAGAUUCUCCAUUGUAGAUGUUUUUAAAGAAAACUUAGGCGCAAGUGCCUCAUACGACAUACAUAAUGGAAUCUUGAUAUGUUUUAACUUGAAGGAAAAUUGAUCUCAAUGUUGAUGUUGCGCUGUUGGUGUACUUGUAGAUAAACCUUAUAGAUAAGCUAUUAUUAAGAAUGUGCAUCACCUUUUGAGAUCAUCUGUGAUAGCCAAAAAUGAAGAUGUCGUGUGAUGCCAUUAGUGACUAGAAAUUGUGCAAUAGCUGUGAGGUGGGGUUAAAAAAUUCAGCGAUAAAAGUGAAAAAUCUGUGUGCUGGUAAUGUUGUCUUUAAGUGUGAUAUUAAAGUGACACACAAAAUAUAGUGAAUUUGCAAUUUUGUGUAAUAGUGCAUAACUUACCAGUUCUGAAGAGAAGACACCUAGAAAAAUAUCCAUGAAUAAAGUACACUGUAUGUCAGUUUAUAAAUUUAUUAUAUUUUUAUAUGCAUUCACUAGUCUAAUAUUAUUUCUUGACAGCAAUGUCCUCCAAAUCCCUUGAAAUUUCAUUUGAUUCUAUGCUUAAUCAUGAGAAUGGGCUAUCUGGGAUGAUUAUCAAUGGUAUAGUGCAAUAGAAAGUGUAUAGGGUACAUCGUACAAAGACAGGUUUUGGUCAGUUGGAAUGGAUAUCCCCUAUGAAUACAGUGUUGGAUGUUGGCGCAUGGCUGUAGGAAUGCAUUUUAGAAGCUCCCGUUGGUAUAAUGUGUGCCAUGACAUGAAAAAGACAAACACCACGUCUGUGUUCAAAUCCAAAACUUGAAGUGCAGACUUGGCACUAAGUCUUUAUUUACAUGCAAAUGGGAUAGGCGAUCAAGUGUUGGACAGGUGCUAUUCGGCUGCAUUCACAUUAUUUGGCUGCAUUCACAUGUUUGAGACAUACACACAUUACAUCAUACUGGUGGUAAGUAAAAAGGGAUAUCCUGAAUAACUACGAAUAACAUUGCUGCAGAAAUUGAUUGAAAGGAGAAAUAGUACAUAUAUUAAAAUAUUUUUGAAUAUUUAUUUCAACAUUUCAUGUUUAAAAUGACUUAAAUUUGAAAAAAAUGUAGAAAGAGCUCUGUUAUCAGUUUAAGCUAAUAGUUAAAAAAUGAUUAUGAUAUAAAUCAAAUUCUAAAAUCAGGAUGUAAAUUGGCAAUUCUAGGGUCCCAGUAUGUAAACAUUAUUUUUCCAUUUAUAUUGCUUUUUAGAUUAUAAUGUGCAAUUAAAUAUUUAUAGAAAUACAAGGUGCUUACAAUAUUAUAUUUGUUACUUUGUUCUGUCUUUCACCUUUAAGAUUGGGAACAUUUAAAUAAGCUAUGUUAAGUAUUUACCCUCAAAUAAUGUAACCAUAACCUUUAUUGUGCUGGUCUGUAUUCAAUAUUGAAAGAC